GAAACCAGAAAGGGAUCCUCGUGGACCAGUGCGGUGGGCAGGGGACGCUGGCCUGCGGGGCUUUUGCGGGGCUCCUGCGGGUUCACCCACACGCACGGCGGUCUCGGCGCGGACUCUCCCGGGGGAAACGGGCGGGGUCGCUACCUAAUAUUUGCUUGGUUUUGCCGCUCCGGAAACGGGAGAGGAGCCUGGCUUGGCGGGGAAAGAGAAACUAGACUCAGUUUGACUCUCUCGAGCGUGGAGGAGGUGAGAGUUCCUGUGGCCGGAGGAGGGGCGCCGCAACGGCCUCCUGUGUCGGAUAUGCUCUUUCGAAGGGCACAAGACCCCAACGCUUCCGAUUAAAUGAGAACAUGAGCAACCCCGAGUUUUAGUGCUUUCUUGCAAGUGGAAGACUGGCCUGGCUGUGAAAACGGACAGGUGUCGAUGCGUUUCAGAAAACAAGUCAAUUUCAAGAGGAUUGUUGCAACCGGACGUUAAGUAAACAACCACUCACAGCGCUCGUCCGGGCUCACAGGCGCGUCCCCGGCCAGGGAGGCAGUUUCUGAAGACCAGGAGGAUAUUUCAGGGCAAGACUAGGAAGAGUGCUGAGAAGAUGAGUCUCAAGAUUGAUUUGGACCCAAACUUCGCUGAGUAUGUUAUCAACGUGGGAGCAGUCAUCCUCGGCAGGCGGGAGAGGGAGGAGAUGGACCCUCAUCUUCAGAAGACACAGGACGAGGCUGUCUCGCAAGCCAUAUGCGCUCUGCUGAACUCUGGCGGGGGAGUGGUCAAGAUCAAGGCCAACGAAGGCUACAAUUAUGUGAUGCACGGAGUAGGACUGAAUGAGCAUCCGAUUUUCAAAGGUUAUUUAGAUGAGAUGCAAGAGAGAGACCUCUUUCUUAUUUUUGUGAAGUCCUGGAACGCCAAGUCCUCCCGCAUACGGCUUGCUACUCUGUGCUCCAAUUUGUACCACAGACAUAAGACAUCGACCAAUGUCAUGACCUCUCAGGAGGCAGUGGAGUUCCUCAAGGGGAAGAUUCAGGCUCCUCCGAAUAUUCAUGGUCCCAGUCUGUCAGGUGCACAGAAUGUUCAGGGUGGCGUGCAAAACGAAAGUAACAUAAAGGCCUCCGCCGCUGCUUUAUUCGACAGACCUCACCUUCGGUACCUGGAAAAGCUCAGCUUUACGAAGUCCACCCAUGUCGAAUUUAAAAUGUUCCCAGCAGAAGUGUCAGAAUGCUUCAGGGACAGCCUCCGCAGUUGUGUGUCUGCAUUUGCAAACGCUGAAGGAGGGUACAUAUUUUGGGGGGUGCAUGAGGAUACCCUUCAAGUCAUCGGAUGUGAAAAAGAAAGAGCAGAUCUUUCGACCCUGAAGGACUCCAUUGGUAGCUGUAUUAGGAAGUUACCGGUCCAUCACUUCUGUAGCAAGAAGCAUGAGAUAAAAUUUAAAAUCAAAUUCCUUGAAGUCCGCGAUCAGGGGGCCCUCCACGGAUACGUGUGCGCAGUCAAGGUGGAACCGUUCUGCUGUGCAGUGUUUGCCAAACAGCCUAGUUCCUGGCAGGUGAAGGACAACUGUGUGACCCAGCUGACCAUCAAGGAAUGGGUUGCUUGGAUGACAGAAGAAGACCCAGAUCUUUCCAGAUUUUCUGAGAUGUUACUGGAGCUGAGUCUGUCAUCCACGACACCUCGCAGCAGAGCCGUGUGCACUCAUAAGAAUUUGGAAUGUUUGAAAGAACAGCAGAAGUGUUAUUUCCCAGUUCCCUCCGACGGUAUUUUGUACAGACCACAGAGCCUCUACAAAGAACUGUUCUCGCAACAUAAAGGACUCAGGAAUUUAAUACAUAUGCAACUGCGUAAUAUCACUCGAGGAAUAUUGAUUUUCUCUCGAAGCUGGGCCGUGGAUGUGGGGCUGCCGGAGGAGCAGGGUGUCAUCUGCGAUGCCCUCCUGCUUUCCCAGUACACAAAGCCAGUCCUCAUCACCAUCUUCAGAGAGCACAGCCCUCGCUGGAAGGAUUAUUGUAUAAGAGUCGCUCACGCCUUAAAGCUGAAGCUGGUGAACACAGGUGGCUACACUGAAAAAUUGUGCAUCAUUCCCCAUGCCUUCCUGCUGAAUUCUGAGGCCGCACGCACGGGCUUUUGUUAUUCCGAGUCACAGAGAUACCCUGAGUCCUAUCAACUGAUGACCACGCAGCAAAUGGAAGCUCUGUUACAGUCCCUGGUGAUAGUUGUGCGUGGGUUCAGAUCUCUCUUAAGUGAAGAGCUGGGCUCUGAGGUUUUGAACCUGCUCACAGAUAAACAGUACGAGUUGCUUUCCAAGAACCUUCGCAAGACCCGAGAGCUGUUUGUGCACGGCUUGCCUGGGUCGGGGAAGACCAUCCUGGCUCUGAAGAUCAUGGAAAAGAUCAGUAAUGUGUUUCACUGUCAACCGAGUGAAAUUCUUUACAUCUGUGAAAACAAGCCCCUACAGGAGUUUGUGAGCCACAGAAACAUCUGCCGGGCAAUGACUCGAAAAGCCUUCAUGAAAAACAGCUCAGACGUUGAAAAGAUUAAACACAUCAUCAUCGAUGAAGCUCAGAAUUUCCGCCUUGAAAAUGGGAGCUGGUAUAAGAAGGCAAAAGCCAUCAUUCGGAAAGAAAAGGAGUGCCCUGGAAUUCUCUGGAUCUUUCUGGACUACUAUCAGACUAGCCACCUGGAACACAGUGGCCUCCCCUAUCUCAGAAACCAGUAUCCGAGAGAAGCGCUCACUAGAGUGGUCCGCAAUGCAGAUCCGAUAGCCAACUACCUACAGGAAAUAAUGCACGAGGUCAGAGAAAAUCCACCACCUAACAUCCCCACUGGGUCCCUGCAGAUGCUGUCUGAAGCUGAAUGGGCUCAGGGUGUCCCAGGCCACUUGGAGAUAAUGGAGUACUCCAGCUUGGAGGAGAUAGUGGCUUGUAUCGCAGAGAAAUGCCAACUUCUCUUGAAGGAAGGUUAUUCCUGCAAGGAUAUUGCUGUGCUGUGCAGCACAGCAAAUGAGGCAGAAAUAUAUAGGUCUCAACUUCAAAGAGCAAUGAGGAAGAGAAAAAGUUCUGAGUCCAAUGAGGAAUCUAAUUUAAUACGGCUCAGAAAUGCGUCAGAUGUCACGGGCAAUCUCGUGGUGUUGGACAGUGUCCGUCGAUUUUCAGGCCUGGAAAGAAACAUCGUGUUUGGGAUCGACCCACAGGCAGCAGAGCCAGCUGUUUUUCACAACUUUCUGCUCUGUCUGGCUUCCAGGGCCAGGAAACACCUGUAUAUUCUGAAGAUUUCCAACUGACAGGAAGAUCCUCCUCUAAGAAACCAUUAAGGAACUGUCUUCUCUGGUUCUGUGAAACUUUGAUCUAAACGUUUAAUCAUCAAAUAGGUAAUGACUCACUCACUGUGAACCAUAUACUCUUCCCGGUGCUAGGGGUUGGGGAUAGGUUAGCAAACCAGACAGAUGAAGAUUCCUUCUUUUUGGCAGAGGCAAAGCACAGAGAGCAAGCCAAUACAAGUACAAGAAAUGUCCGGGAAUAAUAGGGACACCAGAGUAGGCAUUGGAGGGGCCUGAGAUGCAGGUGUGUGUGUGUGUGUGUGUGUGUGUGUGUGUGUGUGUGUGUGUGUAGGCAGGAGGGUAGCUAGGAGGAAGGACUGGUUAUUUAGCGUGGUCAGAGAAGUGAGGGGAGAAGUCACGAGAGGCCCUUUGAGCCGUAAGUGCCAGGCAGACCCCUAUCUUUUCGUUGCUUUUAACAGCCCCGGCGUAGGGAUGCUUGCGCGAGACGCGUGGGGAGAGCGUGGAGGACGGACAGGGGCACUGUGUCUGGGCUUCGGCUGGCAAGGAACAGUCGCGGCGUGUUUCCAAAUGUACAACCAGAAGGCACAAGUCAUAAUUUUUUGUACUACCGCAUCACGACGCUUCAUCAGUUUCCUUUGAAUGCUGUUCGUAUUUCUGAUCACCGUUUUUUUUUUAAAAAUGUAUGUAUGCUUUUCAGUUAUUUGAAAUCUCAGCUCUUGAGCUCUGCUUCAGUGGUGUUCCCCCGGGGAGAAUCUUAGGUUACUCCUCACAGGGAGAAUCUUAGGUUACUUCUCACAGUUGCCCAGGUAGCCGUAUUGUGUUUUUAAAUUCAUUUCAAAAUGAAAGGGUACCCAAGAGGGGGAAUGUACUGAACUCAAAGGUCCCUAAACACUUUGUUUUUCAUUUAAUAACCAACGAGACGAUAAAGUAAAUCUAGGAUCUGUGUUCUGCUGAGUCUUCAGGAUUUCAGCUAAUCUCUCCAAGGGCAAAUUCCUCGUGUGCCACAGGUCUCUCAGAAAUUCUCACAAUAUUUGAAGUCAAACAAAUCUUCGUUUCCUGAGAAACUUAAACUAAAAAUUUCAGAGUUAAUUCUCAAUUAAAUAAAGACCCCACUAUUUCUCCCACAUCAAGAUAUUGAAACCCCACUGUAAAAAGUGUGAACUUGAAGCAAGCAUUGGUUAUUUCUGGUAGCUGGGUAAAAUAUGAAGAACUUCAAAAAACUUGAGACAUGUCUAUGGCAAAGCAUGGAAUUAAUUUUUGUGUGAAAUGUAUUGCAGUUAACUUGGGAAAAAGUUGAAAAUCACUUAGGAUAGUAUAGAGAAAUAUUUCUUAAAUAAAAUGAUCAAUAUGAAAAUUGGCAAUUCUCAAUCAAAAGCUGGAUGAGUUCAGUUUAUAGAUUCUCCCAUUACCCAUCCCUAAAAGAAUAAACAAAAUUAGUAAAACUAUAGCUAAAACUUUAGCAGCAAGAGAGAAGCAAAGAAAAGAGCUCAACCUCAUGCCAUAAGCAUCCAGUAAGUGUGUAUGGACAUAAAAAACAGAAUUAAAAAGAUUUCUAUAAAGGCAUGGCUACUCUCUCACAUGCCCCCAGUAGUACUGGAGUACACAGGGUCCAUGAGAAGAAAGAAAACCAGAAUGCUUGCUAAUAUGAUCCGUUUCAAGAGUGCCAUCUGGGACACCGAAAGGCAGCUCGGGAAAUCGCCAAGAGACCUUCAGGCAUAGACACUCCCGUUGUUCCUGAGGACUCUGGAGAGACAGGAAGUAAUCUUUAGGGUUUCCUGUGAAUUCAACGAAGAAAUCAGAGCCCAUGGGGAUGAGAUACAGCUCCUAGUCCAGUGGAGUUCAUAGGGAUUCAUAGGCAAUGAUCAAGCGCGCACACCAGGUCAAUGGUGAGGCCUCACAUGACACCACAUCAGAGCAGGCUGCACAUGGGAGGCACCACCCAGGCCUCCUAGUAUAUGCCCUGGAGAGGAAGACAAUCAGGUUCUACUUCAGAAAGAAUGUUGUCGAAGAGAGUCUUUUUAUGCCUUCUUAAAAUACAUGGGAAAACUAUACUGAGCUACUCUUGUUAAACAUUAGAAAGAUUAAUGGCAGGACAAGCAGGCAGAAAGACUAUAGGGAGGAAAUGGACCAAGAGAACAUGGGAUGAGCCAGAGGAAGACCCCAUCCUGAAAGGAAGUGUAACUCGAGGGACGAAAGUAGACUCCCUGCCAUGUGCCUCAGGCUACAGAGGAACUUGAGAAACCUACAAUUCCAUAAAACAGGAGUUGAAAGACAAAAUGACAAAGGGGCCAAAAGAGGGGACGAGGGGUGCUGCUGAGGAAACAGACCGUGAAGCAUUACAGAAGAAAAAGAAGAAGCAACAAGACAUUGAGAACAAUUCUUGGCUUACAGGAAGCCUUGAGAUAAUCACAGAAAUAGAGAGAGACAAGGCAAAUAUUAAGGUAGUAUAAAGAAAAUAUGUCAGGAGUACAGGGAUUUACCAAGAGGGGAUAUGAAGUAGAAAACUCAAUAAAUUGAAUAGUAAAAUAUCCUAAAAUGUGACAUGGGAAAUAUGUCUAAAACAAUCCUCAGAUUGAGACAAUUCUUAACAAUCCAAGCAGGAAAAUCUUCUUAUUUGUAAGUAUGGCUUACAAAUAAUCAUUGUGAAUGAUCAUUGAAUGAGUGAAUGAUCAUGGUGGCCACCGACUUCUCUGGAACAAUACACAAUACAAGAAGACAAUGGGUAUAGUGUAUUUUUGUUUUCAUUCACUUGCUUUUCAAUCCAAUCUGACCAUCUUUACCCUGCAGUUGAGGUGCUUAAACAAUUUGAUCUUUUUAACACUUUAUUUUGAAAUAUUUAGAGACUCGUAGGAAGUGGCAAAAGCUGUGCUGAGUAGUAUGGAAGGGUCCCUGCAUCUUUCACCCACUUUCUAGACCAUUUAUUUUUCAUGUGAUUUUUGCUGUGUUUGGGAUUUCAUUUACCCUGUUAUUUUUUCUAUUUUUCCAUUUCUUCCUUGUUCCUUUGUUUCUCUUUUUGUGUGUGUGUGUGUCCUUUGACUUAACUGUGCAUUUUUAAACAAUUACAUUUUGUUUCUUUAUUGGCUUAUUACUUAUAACUUUUUUGUUUGUUAUUUUACCUGUAGCCAUAGGGUCCGUGGUAUAUACCUUUCAUCUUAUCAUAGUCUACCUUCAAUGGAUGUUACACCACUUUAUAUAUUGUAUAAGAACUUUACAAUGGUAUGCUUCCAUUUUUUCUUUCCAAGCCUUUGUGCUGUUGUUGAGAUAUAUUUUACUUCUAUAUGUGUUAUAAAACCCAUAAUAUGUUGAUAUUAGUUUUACUUUAAGCAGCCACUUUAAAUACUAUGAAAAAAGCUUUUUAUUCUUAUCAAUGCAGUACCGUUUCUGCUGGUUUCAUUCCUUUGUAUAAAUCUAGAUUUCCAUCUUGCAUGCUUUCCCUUCUGCUUAAAGAAGUUUCUUUAACAUUUCUAAUACUGUGGGUCUGCUGAUGAUGAAUUCAUUUAGAUUUUGUAUGUAUAAAAAUCUUUAUUUCACCUUUGUUUUUGAAAGAGCUUCGCUGGGUAUAGGUCUAGGUUGACAGUUUUAUUUUUCAGUAAGUUAAAUAUGUUGCUCCAAUGUCUUCUAUCUCGUAUCAUUUCCAAUGAUAAAUCUGCUGUCUUCCUUAUCUUUUGUUCCUCUGCACAUAACAUCAUCUUUCUCUGAGAGCUUUUAAGAUUUUCUCUUUAUGAUUGACAUAAGAAAAAUAAUUAUGGUGGUCUUUGGCAAUUGAGAAAAAUUCUUGUGGUUGAGGUUUUUGAGAGCUUCAUGCAUAUCUGUGGGUUGAUAGUUUCUCCCCUUUGGGUUUGGAGACUUGGAACCUCGUCUUCUCUCCCCAGUCAAACUAUCAUUCAAAGCUGAGGGCAAAAUAAAUAAACUUUCAGACUCGAAACAACUUGGGGUUUUCUUUUAAUCAUUCACAGCCCAUCCCUGAAAAUAUUACUAAAUAAUGUACUUCCGUAAGAAAAAAAAUGAGUUGAGAAGAAAGUAGUGGUUUCAAGAAAGAAGGUCGAACAAAUGAACCAGUAGAAUAUAAGGUGAAUCUAUAGGUAUUAUUUGUUAAUUGCCAAAGAGUCCCAUUGCCUUCCCAUAUGCAAACUACAUUUAGUUAGAGGAUAUAAUGAAAGAAAAAGUCCAAUAUUAAUUCCAACAAAAAAGACAAAAUGAUUAAGAAUAACUGUAACAAGAAAGGCACAAGCUCUUUAUGGAUAAAACUAUACAGUGAAACUGAAGAACACAGAAGGGAACUGGAACAGAUCAAAGCACCGUGUGUUUUUGGAUGGGAAGACUCAGAAUCAUAAAUAUAUCCAUUUCCACUAAGUUAAUCUUUAAAUUCAAUGGCAUCCCAUAAAAAUACAACAGAUCUUUCCCCAAGGCAUCAAAAUGAUUUUAAAGUUCAUUGAAAAAUCUAAGGCAAGAAUAUCCAGGAAAAAAAUCCAAGGAUGGAAAAACCUGAGACUAAUCAGCAUUACCACAUCUUAAAACAUGAAGCUACGAUAAUUAAAACAAUGUAGCUAUGUUGUGUGGUGGGAAUUGAGCAGACUAGGAUGUUCAAAAAUAAAUUCAAUUAUGUGUGGGAAGGAAGCAUAUGUUAAAGGUGCAUUCACAUUCAUUGGGGAAAUGUGGAUUAUUUGCUAAAUGACGUGGGUACCCAGCUGCAAAAAAUUAGGCUUGAGCCAUAAAUCACACCUGACACCAAAAUAAAUUCCAGGUGGAUUCAACACUUAAAUGUAAAAAUACAGAAUUAUGGAAGUACACGGAACAAAAAUAGGACAUUUUUAUAAUCUCAGUAUAAGGAAGGCCUAAGUAUGGCCCCCAAUCAGAAACCAUGAAAGAAAAUAUUGACUGCUUUAAACAAAGUUAUCUUUGCAGCAAAACAGUAUGAAAACAGGCCAAGAAACAAACAGAACACUGGAAAAAUAUUUGCAACAAAAAUCAUAGACAGACAGUGUACUCCUUGUGUUUAAUUCACUUUCUAAACCUCAAAGAAAAAAAUGUUAAGAUUCCAGAAGAAAAAUGGACAAAGGAUGUAAAUAGGCAGGAGAAUCCAGAAAAGGAAUUUAACAUCGUUCUUUAACCAUGAUAUAGCAGUGUCCAUUGAAAAUUACAACAACAGCCCUGGCUGGUGUGGCUCAGUGGAUUGAGUGCCGGCCUGCAAACUGAAAGGUUGCUGGUUCAGUCCCCAGUCAGGGCACAUGCCUGGGUUGUGGGCCAGGUCCCCAGUUGGAGGCAUGCGAAAGGUAACCAGUCGAUGUAUCUCACACAUCGAUGUGUUUCUCUCCCUCCUCUCCCUUCUCUCUAAAAAUAAAUGAAAUCUCUUUUAAAAAAUUACAACAUAUCACUCUUUUCCAUUUAUUAGGUUGACAAAAUCACUAAGUUGCAACCGAAUGAUUUUACUCUUCGGCGGGGGAAAAGCACUUGUAUACACUGCUAUAAAGUAGGACAACUUCUAGCAAGAACAAUCGGGCAGUAGCCACCAAAAUUUUAAAUGCCCGUAUUCCUUUAGCUAGCAAGUCUUCUUUUAGGAAUUCACUCUCCACGUGCUCAAACAUGUGCAAUGACGUCUGCACAGUUCCUUGAACUUCACCUUAUUGUUAAUAGCAUAGACUGCGAAGCAAUCAGUAUCCCUCUCAAUGAGUUGAAUUGAUUGACUCAAACCAACACGCUGCGACACUGUGAAGUACUGACGUGCCAGCAUCUUUGAGUCGUAUGGCAUGGUGAACGAAGCGGUGUUCUAAAAGUGGUUCUUUGACUUACAAAAUUGGUACAGGGGUGUGUGUUUUAAAUACCUGGGCAAGCGUACGGAAAAACGGGUGAUCGUUUUUGCCUCUACAGAAGGGCGCAUGAAUGCCAGGGAACGCAGGUGAGAAAAAGAUAGUCUUUGCUUUUUAUGGCUUUGGGAUUUGGUGCGGUGGAAUAAUUUGGGGUAUUUACUGAUGGGAGUUGGCCGUGCAUGUGUUUUUACCUGUUGGCGCAAUGGUUUUAUGAAUUACGUUCUGAGUUGUCUGCGCACCUGUACCCUGGGAUAAGCCCCCUCGUUAUUGUAACGAAUAGCGAUGCAUGGUGAGGGAGGGAGGAGGGGUGCGAUUUAAACAAUACAAAAAGUAAAAAGUUUAUGUAUACUAAAUCUUUGCUAUCUAGGAUUUAUAAGUGCUAUCAUGUUUUCAUAUUUGCUUCAAACUCUUUUUUUAAAAAAUAAAAGAACCACCCUGGCUGGUGUA